AUGCUGCGACAACAACGAAAUUCCAAGAGCUUCAGCCGACGUAUAUUGCCAAGACGUGCUACUGUCGCCUGCAAAUUUCUUUUGCAAGCGGAUGCAUCAUGGGUGCGAAGGAAAGAGGCGAUCUACCAGCCGCUCAAGAACAAUGUUCAGCUGGUUACUCUCCACUGGCAGCACACGGAGGACACUGCUUACGCUCGGGAGAAGGCGCUGAACCCGCACGCUAUCGAGAUCUUCAUCAAAGGAGUUUCUGUUGCGGUCGAGAUGGACAUGAUUCACGACCAUCUGGUGACUUACCCGCUUAAGAGCAGCAAGCGGUCGACCAUUCUGCGUGGCUCUUGCCUUCACCGCGCGCUUCAUCCUGUUACUGGCGCUGACACGGAUGUGGUGAAAGCGCUGGUUUAUGCUCACCCCGAAAACCGCAACCGUCGCUGGAUACACGCUCUCGCUGAUCCUGCUAACCGCUGCGUCGCUGAAAGCAUCGCCAUUGCGCUCAUCUCUACCUUCAGCAGUAGGGAGGACUGGAUCUGCACACAUGCGGGCUGCGGGAAAGCAAAGGGGAAAAGCCUCAUGGCAGCAGCAGACCACAUCUCUGUAGCUGCUCACCUGCAGCAGCUGGCGAAGGCCGGUUCUGCCACGAAACAGUCGCUGGACAAAAUCAACCUCACAGCCAUCCGCAAGGAGUGCGGACUGUGA